AUGCCGCUCGCGGGCCUCCUUAGCUUGGCUCUCGUGGCCGUCGCCGCCGCCCACUCCGUCCUCACCUAUCCCGGCUGGAGAGGCAACAACCUGAUCACGAACGAGACGUUUCCCUACGGCAUGCAAUGGAUAUAUCCCUGCGGCGGGGUCCCUACGACGAAGAAUCGCACGUACUGGCCCACGACGGGCGGUGCCGUCUCCUUCCAACCCGGCUGGUUCCGGGGGCAUUCCCUUGCCUUGAUCUACGUCAACCUCGGAUUCGGCACCGACGGGCCCGACGGUGGCCCCCCCAACAUGUCCAACCCCAUGGUUCACCCGCUGCAGAUCAUCGGUCCCACCAACAACCCGUACCCGGGCACCGUCUGCCUCCCCCAAGUGCCUCUCCCGGCCAACGCGUCCGUCAAGGCCGGCGACAAGGCCACCAUCCAGGUUGUCGAGCUUGCCCAGCACGGCGCCGCCUUGUACUCCUGCGUCGAUAUCAUCUUCGCCGAUCCCGGCGACCCGCGCAUACCCGAGGUCAACGAGACGAACUGCUUCAACUCGACCGAGAUUGGCUUCGCAAGCAUGUAUACCAUCACCACCAAGAAUCCAGGAUCCAGCAACUACGCCAAGAGCGGCGCCGUGCGGUCCAUCGAGAGCUUGAGCUGGCUCGGCUUCCUGUCGCUGCUGCUGGGUGCCUUCUGGGCCUUGCCAUGA